AUGGAAGAUGUGACAGAAUGCAAACUAAGUAUUGCGGAAAUGAUCCGUGAUGCAGCUAAUGAAGUACUGCAUUCACGCGUGCCUGAAGGAUUCCAAUGGGUUGAGGAUUAUGGGCAGUAUUAUUCUCCAAACUGUGGUUUCUUCUAUGAUCCGAACACCAGUCUUUUCUACCACCACGACUCAGAAACUUACUAUGUAUUUAAUGAUGAUACUCAGCAAUACGAAGUGUAUAAAUGCAUGCGUAAAACGAAGUGGACAUCACGAUCUAAUAGGAAGAAAGCAAAGAAGAUGUUCGCCGAGGCCUUGGAUCGAUUUGAUCAAGAUGCCGUCGACGUUUGUGAGGUUCUCUUUGAUCUAACAUCCAUGCUUAGCCUUGAUGAAAAGAAAGAAAAGGCCAAUGAUCCCGAAAGCAGUUCCAGGGCGCUAUAUAAAGACGAUACUGUUUAUGGGAAGGCAGGAUCUUCCACGGACUAUUUUGACGAGGCUACAGGAGAGAUUAUAACUAUUCCUGACAAACCUCUUCAUUCCUCUUUAGGACUCAGAAGUCGCAGAGAAAGACGAACAGAACAACGAAGAGAAAUUGAAGGUGUUCAAAAAGACGAUGAUACGUGUCUAGCAGGUGACAUCAGUGAUUCUAGCGAGGAAGAGGAUGAGAGGAUACAAAUGAGAAAAGACGAGGGUUUUUCUCAAGCUCCCCUCCUCCGGAUCAUUGAUUCUAAAAAUAAUCUUCAUGUCAUCACAAUAUGUGGAGGAACCGUAGGAAGUCAAACGAACUGCGAUAUUAUACUCGAUGAUCCAUUGUUGCCUCAGAAGAUUCUUGAGUUUGUGUUUGUUGCCGAAAGCAAUUCCUUCGUUGUAAAUAAAGUUACAGAGGAAGGAAACGUUUCUUUAAACGAUUAUGAGCUCAAGGCGAACGACGAAAGAGAACUGGAACAUGGCGAUUUUCUGCGAUUUGGCUUCGGAUUUCUAAGAAUACAUGUGCAUUAUGGUAAUAACACAUGUACUGGAUGUGAGCCGGGUCUUUUGCAAUUUGAUCUGAACCACGCAUCCCAAAGCGUGGUCGUCCCACAUGGUGAAACCGCUCGUCGUCGUAAUCUCAAAGCCAUCAAAGCCAUGUAUGGAAUAAACGACUACGCAGAAAAUGCUCGAAAUCUUCAUUAUGGCUUUGACCGUGCUGCUAAAAGGCGGAAGCUUGCGCAUUCAGUUAUGGAUAUCAACGAGUCUCCCAAUUCUUUGUCUUCCAACGACAUUUAUCAAGGAUGUGCUGCGAAACCUGUUCCUGGUGCUGUUGUACCAUCGAAGUUUGAUCCUAUCAAACCUCUGAACGAAACCAACAAAGGCUUUCGUCUUUUACAGAAUAUGGGUUGGAAGGAGGGCGAAGGCCUUGGAAAAACAGGACAAGGUCGACAGCAGCUGAUUGAAUCAAAUGUGCGGAACGAUCGUCAAGGACUAGGAGCUGUUGAUAUUAAAGUGCAACCCAAAAGUCGAAAAAAUGUGAUACUCGAGAAAACUAAGCAAAGAUACGAGAAGCUGUUGAAUGAGGCAUGA